AACAAAUUCAUUUCUUCCAAAAUGAAGUAGAAGCAAGAGAGAAAUAGAGCAAGAGAGAGAGAUGAUUAAGCAUUUUUUCACUUUCAUUAUCGUUUAUCUAGUAAAUUCAGCCGACUAGUUCAGCCAACAGAAACGCGCUGCUCAAACAGACUUUCCAACACAACACUAGAACUCUUCCAAGUCAAGUCCGCUGUGUGUCAGUGAGCUGCAGGGAUGGCGCACCACGAGCAGAGCACAGCCACUUUCCCAGAAUACAUCCGCAAGAAACAGAACGGUGAACAGCUGAGCGCUGGGGAGAUCCGAGACUUCAUACAGGGUGUCAAGGACAAGACCAUCCAAGAGAGCCAGAUUGGAGCCAUGCUGAUGGCAAUCUGGCUGCAGGGAAUGGUAGCAGAGGAGACUCUAGCACUGACGAAGGAGAUGAUGAUGUCAGAAGUGAUGUCAUGGCCGGCAGAGUGGGAGGGGCUAAUGGUGGAUAAACACUCGACAGGUGGAGUGGGGGACAAGAUCAGCCUGGUGCUGGCUCCUGCUCUGGCUGCCUGCGGCUGCAAGGUACCCAUGAUAAGUGGCCGAGGUCUGGCACACACAGGCGGCACGCUGGACAAACUGGAGGCCAUCCCUGGCUUUAACGUCUAUCAGUCUGUA